ACGGCUCAAUUGAGCUCAUCCUAGUAGCCGUGGCCGUUCGGGCCUUGUCCGGUCUCUGUCUUCGAGUACCCGCCUCGGCACAGCCGGGCUCGGUCCGGCCUUGUGCUGAUUAAAAAUGACAGCAAUCAAGCAUGCGUUACAAAGAGACAUUUUUACACCAAAUGAUGAACGCCUGCUGAGUAUUGUCAACGUCUGCAAAGCAGGAAAAAAGAAAAAGAACUGUUUUUUGUGUGCCACAGUGACAACUGAACGCCCUGUGCAGGUGAAGAUGGUCAAAGUCAAGAAAUCUGAUAAAGGAGAUUUCUACAAAAGGCAGAUUGCUUGGGCCCUUCGAGACCUUGCUGUGGUAGAUGCCAAGGAUGCUAUUAAAGAAAAUCCUGAAUUUGAUUUACAUUUUGAAAAAAUAUAUAAAUGGGUUGCCAGCAGCACCGCUGAAAAGAAUGCAUUUAUUUCAUGCAUUUGGAAAUUGAAUCAGCGAUAUCUCCGGAAGAAAAUUGAUUUUGUCAAUGUUAGCUCACAGCUCUUGGAAGAGUCUGUUCCAAGUGGAGAAAAUCAGAGUGUGACAGGAGGUGAUGAAGAAGUAGUAGAUGUAUACCAAGAGUUAAAUGCAAGAGAAGAGCAGGAUAUUGAAAUUAUGAUGGAAGGCUGUGAAUAUGCAAUCUCUAAUGCUGAGGCCUUUGCAGAAAGGUUGUCCAGAGAGCUGCAGGUGCUGGAUGGGGCCAACAUCCAAUCAAUCAUGGCCUCUGAAAAGCAAGUGAACAUCCUGAUGAAGUUGCUGGAUGAGGCUCUAAAGGAGGUAGAUCAGAUUGAGUUGAAACUGAGCAGUUAUGAGGAAAUGCUCCAAAGUGUAAAAGAACAAAUGGAUCAGAUCUCUGAAAGCAACCACCUAAUUCAUCUUAGUGACACUAAUAAUGUAAAACUCCUGUCUGAAAUAGAGUUUCUUGUGAACCACAUGGACCUGGCCAAAGGUCACAUAAAGGCCCUUCAGGAGGGAGAUCUUGCUUCUUCUAGAGGCAUCGAGGCCUGUACCAAUGCCGCUGAUGCCCUUCUGCAGUGCAUGAAUGUAGCUCUCCGUCCAGGCCAUGACAUGCUUCUGGCAGUCAGACAGCAACAGCAGCGUUUCAGUGAUUUGCGAGAGCAGUUUGCCCGCAGACUGGCCAGUCACCUCAACAACGUUUUUGUUCAACAGGGUCAUGAUCAGAGUUCAACUCUUGCUCAGCACUCUGUUGAACUGGCUUUACCCAACCAUCAUCCAUUUCAUAGAGACUUGCUUCGAUAUGCCAAGUUGAUGGAGUGGCUGAAGAGUACAGAUUAUGGAAAAUAUGAGGGACUAACAAAGAAUUACAUGGAUUAUUUAUCACGACUAUAUGAGAGAGAAAUUAAAGAUUUCUUUGAAGUUGCAAAGAUCAAGAUGACUGGCACAACCAAAGAAAGCAAGAAGUUUGCUACACUGCCUCGAAAAGAAAGUGCUGUCAAACAGGAAACAGAGAGUCUUCAUGGAAGUUCUGGGAAAUUAACUGGAUCUACUUCUAGUCUAAAUAAACUCAGCGUUCAGAGUUCAGGGAAUCGCAGAUCUCAGUCAUCUUCUUUGUUGGAUAUGGGAAACAUGUCUGCCUCUGAUCUCGAUGUUGCCGACAGGACCAAAUUUGAUAAGAUCUUUGAACAGGUACUAAGUGAACUAGAGCCCUUGUGUCUGGCAGAACAGGACUUCAUAAGUAAAUUUUUCAAACUGCAGCAACAUCAAAGUAUGCCUGGAACCAUGACUGAAGCAGAGGACCUAGAUGGAGGAACAUUAUCCCGGCAACAUAAUGCUGGCGUGCCACCACCUGUCUCUUCUGAGAAAGAUAUGAUCCGUCAGAUGAUGAUUAAAAUAUUUCGCUGCAUUGAGCCAGAACUGAACAACCUAAUUGCAUUAGGAGACAAAAUUGAUAGUUUUAACUCCCUCUACAUGCUUGUCAAAAUGAGUCAUCAUGUGUGGACCGCCCAGAAUGUGGACCCUGCUUCUUUUCUGAGUACUACAUUAGGAAAUGUUUUGGUGACUGUCAAAAGGAACUUUGACAAAUGCAUUAGUAACCAAAUAAGGCAAAUGGAAGAAGUAAAAAUCUCAAAGAAGAGUAAAGUAGGAAUUCUUCCAUUUGUUGCUGAAUUUGAAGAAUUUGCUGGACUCGCAGAAUCGAUCUUUAAAAACGCUGAGCGUCGUGGAGAUCUAGAUAAAGCAUAUACUAAACUUAUCAGAGGAGUAUUUGUUAAUGUGGAGAAAGUAGCAAACGAAAGCCAGAAGACCCCCAGGGAUGUAGUUAUGAUGGAAAAUUUUCACCAUAUUUUUGCAACACUUUCUCGUUUGAAAAUCUCAUGUCUAGAAGCUGAAAAAAAAGAAGCCAAACAAAAAUACACAGAUCACCUUCAGUCUUAUGUCAUUUACUCUUUAGGGCAACCUCUUGAAAAACUAAAUCAUUUCUUUGAAGGCGUUGAAGCUCGAGUAGCACAAGGUAUAAGAGAGGAGGAAGUAAGCUAUCAACUUGCAUUUAACAAACAAGAACUUCGUAAAGUCAUUAAAGAGUAUCCUGGAAAGGAAGUGAAAAAAGGUCUAGAUAACCUCUAUAAGAAGGUUGAUAAACAUUUAUGUGAAGAGGAAAACUUACUUCAGGUGGUGUGGCACUCUAUGCAAGAUGAAUUUAUACGCCAAUACAAGCACUUUGAAGGUUUGAUAGCUCGCUGUUAUCCUGGAUCUGGUGUUACAAUGGAAUUCACUAUUCAGGACAUUCUAGAUUAUUGUUCCAGCAUUGCACAGUCCCACUAAAAAAAAAGAGAUAAAUGAAA